CUUAAACCCCUUUCCUAAUCCCCCAAAACCCUAGAGACUCUACUUUCGCUUCAAUUUAUUUUCUCUUUCUUCCAGCAAACGAAAAUGGCUAAGCGUUUGAUCCCUCUUCUCAACCGCGUUUUGGUUCAGAAAAUCACUCCGCCGUCUAAAACCACCGCCGGAAUCCUCCUCCCUGAAAAAACCAACAAGUUGAACUCGGGAAAGGUUGUUGCGGUGGGUCCCGGAUCCCAUGAUCGAGAAGGCAAGCUCGUUCCGGUGAGUGUUAAGGAAGGAGAUACCGUUUUGCUGCCUGAAUACGGAGGAACUGAAGUGAAGCUCGGUGAAAAAGAGUACCAUCUUUACCGGGAUGAGGACAUUCUUGGAACGUUGCACGAGUAACUUAGUCUUACUAUUCCAUGCAAAAAAAAAAGAUGAAGACAUUGUCGAGAAUCUUGACCGUUAAUGUUUAUCAAUUAAAUGUUUCGACUAUGCUUUAGCCUGUCAUUUCGAGAUUCGAACUCGUUUGCUAGAAUCGUAUUCAGAAGUAUGAUUGUUCUUCUCAAAUAUUUUGUCCAUGCCUUUUUCUAUCUAAUCGUCUGAAAUUGUUAUCGGGUUGAUUAAUCUU